UAGAAAUCGGUAAAAGCUCCUCAGGUUGAUUCAGACUGGGAUUGAGACGGAAUAAGAAUGUUAAAUCUGAGGAGCUCCACUCUUCUGCUGCUGGCAGUGCAGUGGGCUUUUGUUUCUUGUGCUCUUCGCUGCGAGACUCCGGAGGGAAAAUGUAACUUUGUGUGCGACUGUGACGACUGCAGAGACGAACAAGACUGUGGCUACAGAGGGAAAACAUUUGAGUGUGACUUUGAGGACGCAGGGAUGUGUGGAUGGACGGUGGAGUCUUCAGGCGACAUGUACAAAUGGGAGAGACGUCAGGGUGGGAACAAGUUGCACGACAGUGGGCCGACGUCUGAUUACACCAUCGGCACAGCUGCAGUCUCUGUGACUUUGAUGAGGACCAGUGUGAUUGGGACCUGAGGUCACUUUCCAAACUGAAAUGGAAAAGAACGAAUCAGGAGAACAUCUCCAGAUCGGAUCCUUUGAAAGGUCCGGGCAGAGAUCACUCCACCAACACGGCAUCAGGUCACUUCCUGUACGUCACUGUCCCUGAUGCUGGUCUCACAAUGGACUGGGCUGCGUUUCAAAGUCCACCUCUUCAACCCACCAACAGAACACAUCCCUGCAAAAUGGUGAUGUACACUCACCAGUUUGGGCCGCGGUCCGGAGGUUUGACGGUGAUGGUGUCGGAUCGACAGAUUUACCCGGUGUGGAAAAGGGGCGGAGCUUUAGGGGAUCUCUGGGUGAAAGCGGAGGUGGAGAUCGUAGCCGACUUACCUUUCCAGAUUGUGAUAAUGGCAGCAAUCAGAGACUUUGCGUACGGAGGAAUUGCCGUCGACAGCAUCAUGUUAUCGCCUGACUGCCGCUUGUCACCUGUAAAUCACUCACUGGACGCGUUCCCAGAACCUCCUAAGAAGCCAUGCAUCGAUGAUCCAAACAAAAUAUGUGACUUUCACGUUGACUGUGCAGAAGGACAGGACGAGGCCAAAUGRGGGGAUUUCUCGUACCCUGAAGGCAGCUCAGGAUGGACUGACUCCAGCGUUGGGAGCCAAACUUGGAUGCUGUUUAAAAAUGACUCAGCUGAAGAGGAGUAUCUAUAUGUAGCCGAGGCUCCAGGCCAGCAGCUAACACAGGCGCAGACCCGAACCCCCCUAUUGGGCCCCACCGGUCCAGCCUGUAACCUCAGCUUUGAUUUUGCUCUCGCUGGGAGUUUAAGUCAUAUUGGGGAGCUGUCAGUCAGAGUGAUUGACAGCUCGCUGGGCGUGGGACCCAAACUGUGGGAGUUCAGCGGGAAAACAGGAAACCACGAGGAUGCUUGGCAGCACGCCGACAUCCACGUUGGAGUCAGGAAACAUCGCUUCCAGCUGGCAUUUGAAUCGCGUGCUGUGAAAAUUCAGCCUAACGAGACGAUCAAAGUGGGGAACGUUAGCUUCAUUAGCUGUCAUUCUAAUUAUUAUCCGUUUGCGCCAACAGGACUGUCGUGUAACUUUGAGGAUGGAUUGUGUGCAUGGUAUCAAGACACCAGUGACAACUUUGACUGGUUUGUCCUCACUGGGAUGGACCACACCAUUGGAACCGGCAGGAGUCUUGUCGUGGACACGUGGAGCCCAUCUCUACGAGGAGCGUUUGGGCGUUUGAUAUCAUUCCCACAACCACCAACUCCCACAGAUUACUGCCUCUCCUUCUUCUACAAGCUCUACGGACCGAACGCCGGUGCUUUAAACGUGAAGCUGACGGGUCAGAACGAUUACGAGGUCCUUCUGUGGUCUCGCAGUGGAGCUCACGGGAACGUGUGGCACGAAGCGCAGUGCCCGGUCCCGCACCAGCUCGCAACCUUUCAGCUGAUGUUCGAAGCGGUUCGCUCCGGUUUCGACGGGCGRGUGGCCAUCGACGACGUGGCGUUCUUGGACCGCCCGUGCACCAUACCGAGGAUGUGUUCCUUCGAGGGCCAGAGGUGUGGUUACAGCAGCGCCGGUAAAGUCCGUUGGCUCCAUCGCAACGGAUACGCCACCACGAUGGCAGGACCCAAAACAGACCACACUCUGGAGACCGAGCUGGGUUACUAUAUGAUGGUUAACACCGACGCAGACAUCCUUCCCGCCCGCACCUCCGCUACCCUCUCCUCCCCGGUUCAGCCGGGAACCACCAGAACACAGUGUGUGUAUUUCUGGUACCACAUGGGAGGACUGAACUCCGGUUAUCUUACMGUUUACGUGAAGCCGGAGAGAGGAGCGAGGCUGAUGAUCUUCUCUGAUUUCACGAACGUAGGAGACGUCUGGCGCCACGGCAUCGGCAACGUCACGAGUGGACUCGUUGAUUGGCAGUUGGAGUUUGAGGUGGUCGGAGCCGGAGGCAGAAACUCUUACGUCGCAGUCGACGACAUCUACCUGUCGGCUCACCCGUGUGAAGAUCAAGGUUCCAGGUGCAGCCUGGAGACAGGGAUGUGCAGCUGGAGCAACACUCAGAACAACAAGUUGGACAAACUGGACUGGGAGCUGACCAGUCACGAGGCAGAGCAGCACUAUUCCACCCCGACUGAAGACCACACCCUGGGCACGGAGAAAGGUCAUUUCCUCUUCCUCCCGAGCAGCAACAGGACAGCGMCCAAUCAAAACGCGUGGCUGCUGAGCCCUCACCUGCUUUCAAASGGGGUCACCUGUCUGAGAUUCUGGGCCUACAAACCCCAUUCAUCGGACUGCCAGCUGAAGGUCUGGAGAGUUUCAAGAAAUUUUUUUUAUUCGCUGCUGUCGACGGAUGAGCUGGGAGGACCGUGGAAACACUUCGAAGUGAACAUCACAGCCUCUGAAGAGUACCAGAUUGUGUUCGAAGGGAUCAAAGGGACGUCGGGCGUCGUUGCUCUGGAUGACAUCGAGUACACCAUCGGCAGCCACUGCGGCAAAACGAACUCAGGCUCAACCUCAAAGAAGCCGUACAAUGCAGGCGGGGUCGCAGCGGCUGUGAUCGUGGUCCUGCUGCUGGUCGCCACACUCAUCGGCCUGCUGGUGUUUUACCUGCGAGGCCCCAAAAGAGCCGAAGCUGGACACCACUCGUCUUCUUCGGCUGCCGGGGGCUUCAGUAACGAGGCUUACGAAUCAGACCUCGCUGUUUCUGACGCAGAGCGGGAGGUGGAGUGAAAUCUGAGCUGACCUUUGACCUGGAGGUGAUUUUGGAGACAUUAAGGUGACGUCACUGCAGAACUGCUUGUGUCACACAGAUCUGACGGACGUCUGACGAUCACGGUUGAGUUGUUGAAGGAUGUUAGUUUCAGGCGGCAGGUUUGUAAAAGUGGAGUUUGUUUAAUCCUCAGAAGGUCUCAUGGGGAAAAAUCAGCCACGUAAUUAUUUUAUUUUAUUUAUUUUUUGGUUGCUGUAAGUGAACAGACUGUUUGAACUGCGCCCUGUGACCUCUCAGUAGUUCUGCUGCCCCCUAGUGUUCAAUCAGGGAAAAUCAACCAUGAAAUACAUUAUAAACACAUUUUCAAAUCUCAUAAAAUAAUGAAUUAAAACAUUUUAAAAUAAUAUAUCUGUUUAGAAAUAAAGUGUUUUGGAAAUAUUG